AUGAGGCCCUCAAAUUUGAAGUGCCAUUUACGCAACUGCGGGAACCAGCGCGGGGCGGGGCUGCCCGCCCCCCCCACCCCUCCUCCUCCCCGCCCUUCCCAUCUCCCGCCCUCCUCCCCUUCCCGUCCUUCUUUCCCACCCUCCCUUCCGCCCCCUCCCCUGCCCUCCCUGGCCUGCGCCCGCCGGCCUGGGCUGCUCGGAAAGCCCGGAGCCCGGCGCGCACCGCACGGCCCGGACCUCGCCCCGCGUGCGCCUACCCCGGCCCCGGCCGCUGCGACCCGGUCCGGAGCUGCGGAUCCCGCGCCCCGGAUCCCCCAGCAGCCGCGCGGGGAGCUCCUGCCGGGCGCGCCCCCACCCUGCGGGCCCCGCCCACGGCGCGCGGCGGGGCAGGAGGACGGGGCGGCGCGGCGGCGCGGGCGGGCGCGCGCCAUGCAGCGGGACUGCGGCCGGGCUGCGGGUCAGUGGCUGGAGUUGCGCCCCCCACUCCUCUGUAGCGCGGGCCCCGCUCCCCGGGGGAUCUGGGGGUCGUUCCCGGGACGGAGUCGGGGCGCCCCGGGGCGGGAGCCCGGGCAAGUGCCUGGGGCCUGCGCGUCUGCCCGGUCCGCGCACUCCGUGGUGCGCACAGGUGCCCGGGCCGCCCUGGUCUCGGUGACCUCCUGCCCCGCCGCGCCCCGCAGGUGCCGGGAGCCGGGUCUGGCGCCGUCCGCGGCCGCCGGUGCUGAAGGGCGCAGCCCCCGGGGUCCCGAGCCGGCUGCGAGCCCAGGCCCCACCACUGGCAGCCGCUGUGCGGAGGGCGGGGGCGCGCGGCCACCGGGUCCCUCUGCUCCUGAGGACGGUGGCGCCGAUGGGGCGCCGGGCACAGCGAGCCUGGACUCGCCUAUCGCGUAUUUCCUCCUUCCACCUUCAGAUGGGGCGCAUGAGCUGCUCCCCGGGGCUUCCGUGAUCCAGAUUUGCUGCCAGGACCUGGCGUCUCUGCCUGUGCAACACGUUGCGCUGGCCAAUGGGGGGGACCCGAAGAAGCAGGACACAGAAGAGCCAAAGAAAAGGAAAGGGGGCUGGCCUAAAGGCAAGAAAAGGAAACCCCCGCGGGAUCUUCCUGCUCCCCGUGCGCCUGCGACAGGAUACGUGAUAUUCCUAAGUGAGCAGAGAAGUCAGCUGAGGGCCAAGCACCCUGAUCUGCCUUUCACGGAAAUAACAAAGAUGCUGGCUGCUCAGUGGGCUCAGCUGUCUCAAGAGAAAAAGCAGAGGUAUGUCCAUGAGGCCGAGGAGGACAAGCAGUGCUACAUCCGCGAGCUCCAGGCCUACCAGAGCUCCAAGGCGUACCGAGCCUUCCUGCAGAGGCGGGUGGCACACAAGUCACAGGCGCUGUGCGGGACCCCAGGAAAUGACUUUGAGAGUGAGGGCCUUGACUUCGCAGCAAUCAACGGGGAUGAAAACAAGGACCUGUACUGCAGCACCUGCAGGCAGUUCUUGAGCUCGCUGCAUAACAAGAAGGAACAUCUCCUGGGGAAGCAGCACCUGCAGAACCUCACAGGGGAAUUCGAGAAAGAUUCUGCAGAGUACGCCAAGCGUCUGGAAUCUCUGGAAGAAGAGGAAGGUCAGCGUUUGAACAAAGGGGAGUCGGAAGAGGAAGCCGAGUGUCCCCAUUUGCUUCCGCUCAGAGGCCUGAUUCCAGAGGAGAAUUUCGCUUCACUUGACUUGUGUCUUUUGCAAGAGUUUAUCUUUAAACUGCUAAGAAUCAAGGAAUCUGAGCUCGGAGAACUGAAGAGGACGCUAGGAAGAGCGCGGGCGGAGCAGGAGGCCCUGCAGCGGCAGCUGGUGGAGUUCCAGAACCAGCAGCAGAGGCUGGAGGUGGAGCUGGCAGGCCUCAAGACCUACGGGGUCAUCCUGGAGAAGGAGUUUGAGAACCUAAACAUGGUGCUGAUGCUGUCCCACUUCGGCCUCCAAGUGCUGGACACAGCAUAAAGCGGUGUCCCACCAUGGCACUGGGGGGACCCCCAGGACAUCUCCCGGCAGCUCCACGGUCAGCUUUGGCAGAGGCAUCUGUGCCGGUGGAGGAAGGAGCAAAGGCCCCGGGGCCUUGCAGAUGGGACCUUCGAGAUGGCACUGCUGACUGAGGAGAAAAUAAAUUGUGUGUGUGUGUGUGUGUGUGUGUGUGUGUGUGUGUGUGUGUGUUUGAGCAGCCGACUAAGUCUGCUGUCUUUUGUUCCUGACUAGCGCAGUGUGUACCUGUACCUGUUCCUCCUGGGGGUUAAAAGUUGGCGCCUCAGGUUUGGGAAGAUUCUGGCAGGGGGCAUCAGUCUCUCCCUAGUCACCAUCCUAUAAAGCACCCCAAAUCAGGGCUGAGGGAGACAGCUGUCUGCAGCUCACUCAUUCGUGCUCACGUUCACGGAAUGGGAGCCCUUGGUGUUUGCAGCCCCGAGCUGGAACCACCCCUAGUGCUUGUGGUCAUCUCCAUGACUCAGGGCAUGCUACAUACCCUCUGCAAGCUUUGUUUCCUCUCCUUUAUUAUAAAGACAAUAAUCGCUGAUGGAUCGUCAGCCUCAAAGCAUCGGGUAAGGGUCCAGUAAGAGGAUCAACCUGCCGAGGUUGGGGCCACUGGAAGCAGACCCUGACAGCAGGAUUUGUACACGAGUGGUUUAUUUGGGAGCCAAACCAGGUGGGGAAGUGGCCGUCAAAGGGUGUGAAUUCCAAGCAAGUUUCCCCCAGGGCAACUGGAGCUUCCCGCUGGGGACACUGGGAGCCUGCAUAGGAUGCUGAGAGUCCCAUGGGGAAGGAGCUGGGGUCCCCAAGCAUUGCUGGAGGAGAGCUUCCAGGAGGGGUUGCACAGGUGGCAGUGGGCACGGAAGGCCCGAGAAGCCCCUGGGCAAGGAAGCUGGCCAGUGCAUGCCCUCGGGGUGGGAAGGGUGAGGGAUGUGGGUGGGCCCCACGGUGUCUGGUACAGGAUGGGUGGGGUACACUGCAGCCUACAAAUAAUGCACUACAAAAAGCUGAGGUUGUCCUGGGGGCUCCGGCCCACCAGGCAGGGAUGUGGAUAUUGGGUGAGGGUUGGGACCAGCUGUCUGCAACAGAAACCCAACCACAGUAACCACAGGACAGAAAUUCCAGCUGUGGGCUGCCCGGGGCUGGACAGUGGCUGCCAGAAGGGCACAGCCACCUUUUCUCUUUCCACUAAGUUCUUCCUACCAAGGGGCCUCUGUCCUAAUCCCCAUUGCCCCAAGAUGGCUGCUCAGCCUCCAGCAUUGCUUCUGCAUUCCAGGCAGGAAGAAGACAAGGGGCAAGGACAAAGGCAGGUGCCAGCCAGUCUGCUGCCUUUUGUUUUUUUUAAAACAGCUUUAUUAAGAUAUAAUUCACAUAUCAUACAAUUCGCCCAUUUAAAGGAUACAAUUCAAUUGUUUGGGGUAGGCUCACAGAAUUGUGAAAGUAUCACUACAGUCAGUUGUAGAACAUUUUCAUCACCUCAAAAAGAAACACCCUAUCCUUUAGCCAUCACCCCCUAUCUUCCCUUCCCCUAUCCCUAAGCAACCAUGAAUCUACUCUCUGUCUCUAAAGAUUUCCCUGUUCUAGACAUUUCAUGUAAAUGGAGUGAUAUAAUAUGUGGUCUUUCGUGUCUGCUUCUCUCACUUAGCAUAAUGCUUUUGUCCAUGUUGUAGCAUGUGUCAGUACUUCAUUUCCCUUUUUAUGGCCAAAUACUCUUCCAUCAUAUGGACAAAACCACACUUGCUUAUCCACCCACCUAUGGAUGGAUAUUUCGGUUGCUUCCACCUUUUGGCUGUUAAGAUGAUCCGCCUCUUCUAAAGAGCUUCUUCCAAAAAAACCCAUACAGCAGCUUCCAUGUACAUCUCAGGGGCCAAGAUGGUGCAGGGGAGGCUGGGAAAUGUAGUUUUGCUGGAAACAGGGCUGCUCUGAGUACAAUUGGGUUGGCUUAGAGAGGAAGAAGGGGAGGUGAAAAAGUGCUGGGAGGGCAGCAGGUGGUGGCUGCCCCCGAGGAGUUCGUUUCUGCAGGAGGAAACCAGCUUGCUCUCAUCCUGUGGAGGCACAACGGCCAAAGCCGAGGAACAGGAGCCUUGGGCUGGGCGCCGUCCUUGCAGCUGAGUCCAGCGUCUCCCUCUGCUGAGCGGACGUUUACGGGGUGUCUCCAGUGUCAUUGCCAAUCACGUGUUUACGCAGAGCUUUCAGCGGGGAGGUGAUGUUGCCAGAUUCGCUGGAGGCCUGCUCUGGACGGCACUUUGCCCGCAUCAUUUCUUCUCGAGUUCACAGUACCAUUUUGAGGCAGGUCCCCUUGAGCCUGUUUAUAGGUGGGAAGUGAGACCACAUCACCUGUCCAAGGUGCCGCAGCAGGGGCCAGGCUUGGUUCCCAUCACAGCAGUUUUCCACAGAAACCCCAGCUCCUGGCCGUCCCCAUGGCCUCCGCAGCUGCCAACCCCUUUGCAGGGAGGAAGGGCGACUUCAUCCUUCCAAACUGGCUCAGCCCCUCCCUCCCCACGGUUUCCCACCCCCUGCUCCCCCAGGAUCCCCACUUACCCCAGGGCCUACGGUCAUUGUUCCUUCUCUCAUCUCCUCUAGAUGAGAAGCUUCCCGGGACAGAGGUUGGACCCCUGGGCAAACCUUGCUGAAUAACUAAAGAGCAUCCCCUUGUCCAAAUUAGACGAGAUUUAGCGAAUAAAACUACAGGACACCAGAUACAUUCAAAUUUCAGAUAAAUAAUCAGUAACUUUUAGUAUAAGUAUGUCCCAUGCAAUAUUUGAGACAUACUUAUUCUAAAAAAAAUCUGUUGUUUAUCUGAAAUUCAAAUGCAACUGGGCAUCCUGUAUUUUAUCUUAACAACCCUAACAUUAACGUUUCUAUCAACUGCGUGGCUCAUUUACCUCAGUGUCUUCAUUUCCUCGCUGGAGAAUGGGUGCCCAGAGACGGAAAGGGACUUACUUCUCCAAGAACACACAGCCAAUCGGUGGCAGCCUCUGAGCUCCCCCCACGUGCUAGGUCUGAGGCCUGUGCUUUUCUGGCAACACCAAAAAAAGUGAAGCAGGGAAGGAAAUGGCAGGUCCAAAAUGAGGGAACAGGUUCCAGCGGACCAGGAGGUCAGGGUGGGCUUCCUCUGGGGGCAGCGGGGAGGAUUUACCUGUGAACAGUAGGUGAGGUUGAUUCUGGCUUCCAAAAGUCUGUAGGACCUGGAACCCAUCCCUCUGUCUCUGUUUCCCCACUCGCCACCAGGGAGUUAGCAUAGCCCAGGCCUAAACACCAUGGGUCCAUGAUGAUCACACUGGCUUUCUUGAUGGCCUCUGUACCUGGGGUGUCAAACACAUCUUCUGCUGGAGCCUUCUGUAGAUGGGGAGGGAUGGCAUCGUCAGCCAUUCACCUGGUUACUCACAGUUGCUCCUGGAACUCCGGGCACAGCUGCUACCAAACCUGGGAGGCAGCACUGGGGGCAGGGCUGGCCAGUAUACACAGUAAGCCGAGAGGCUGGGAUGCCACUGGGCACCAUCUGAAAUCCAACUCCCAACCAUGUCACCCGAUGUUCCCCAGGGAGACACCAGCGUAGCUCAGGGCCUCGGGGCUCAGCAGGGCAUACUCCUGUCGGCACAUUUAAGGGGACCUGGAGAAACCAAAUCCCUUGCCAUGGUGACUGCCUUCCAACAAAGUGGGGUGAGCCAUGACCAUGUGAGGAGGCUUCUUGGGCUAUGGGGACCUUGAAAAAUGACAGAGACUGAAAGUGUGCUUCUGCUGAUCUGUGCCCCUGAGCAGAGCUGUGACAGAAUUAUGUGGAUCAGACUUCUUAGAUCAGGAGACACAGGAAGAAAUAUUUUUGGGGGGACCCGGCACACACACAAUUAUAACUAAAACCAAAGCUUUACAAAACAGUAUUACACUUGCUGCAGGGGUGCACUCUGACUGUUUGUCUUCUUUUCUAUUUCAUGCUUUAAAAUUGCAGGGCACAUUCCAUUAAACUGACUUCAGGACUUCUUCAUAAGUCCUGGCCAUAGUUAAGAAACACCUCUCUUGGGCUCUCCUCGUUCCAGCCCCCAUAGGUUUGUCCACCCUCUUUUAUGACUCAGCAGGCUGGAGUCGCAGGCCUGGAGCUUUCCUCUCUCCACCUUAGGAAGCAAGCAACCUGGGCUCAGUGUGCAGCUCUGCCUCCUUGCAGGGAUGGGCCUGGGUAAGGCACCAAUGAAGCUCACAGUCAGAGGUGGUGAUGACACCCGGCCAUGGAAUGAGGGAUGAAUCGGAUAAGUAAGCUGUUAGGAGCACCAGCUCCGCACCCAGACUUCCUGGGUGCCCCGACACUGCUCCCUCCUAGCCGUGUGGCCUUGAGGAAGUCACCCAGCCUCCAGGAUGCUCAGUCUCCCCAGCUGUAAAACGGGGAUGAGUGCAGGACCUCAGUGGAGUGCCACGUGUGUUAAAUGAGGUUGUAGGCCGUGCAGUAACUGUGAGCCAAUACGACAAUCAGGGCCGGCCUCCGGGCACGUGACCGGGACAGUGGCCACAGUGCAUGGGACCUCAGAAGGGAACUCUGCUGCUGCUGGCUCGAAAUUCUUGAUUCCUUUAUCUUUGGACUCGUAGUUUUGAAGUGAAGUCCCAUGGGACAGUGGGGCACGGAUGAGCGGAGGGGAUUCCUGGGGCUCCGUGGGGCCCGUAGGGGGCCUGGGGCUGGGACCUGGGCCCGGACUGAUGGUGGGAUGGCGGCUCCACGUGGGGCAGGCCGGUGCGUGACCAGGGUAGGAGGCCCGCUCUCCCUUCUGCCCUCAGGCCACCCUGCAGCAGCUGCACAAAUGUCAUCUGGGCACCAAGACGAAACUGCCAGAGCACGGGCAGAAAACUUUUUCAGGAUAUUAUUAUAAAAUAGAAGUGUAUACCUGGACAUCGCAAUACAGCGUAUCAGGGAGUUAUUAGAAUUCUUCCAAGAGUUUAGAAUCUCUGAUUUUGAAAACUAUUGCAAGAUUAUAAAGCAAAAAGCUACAGGCUUAGAAAUUAAAACUAAAAUUAAAGAUCUUCACAGUAGACAGAAAAGAACACUAUCUUCAUAUGAAGCAUUGGUGAGCCAAUUAUUAAUAAGGAAGACAGUUUUAAAAUUACUUUUUUUUAAUUUGGAGGUACAACAAUCAAAUGCAUAAAUGGAAGUUUUGAAUAAUAGACACAUCAUGAAGCCACUUUGGGUUCAAAUUUACAUUUAAAAUUAAAUUUAGACUUACACAAAACUGAUUUGUAUGGAGAGUUAAAUCUUUUUUAGAAUAAUUGAUCUGCAAGAAUCACCAGUUCCAGCAGUACUAAAGUUUAUAUUAAAAUAAUUAAUCAAAUGUAUUCCAAUGUAAUCACAAUCUACAAAAUAUUCUUAACAGCUCCAGUAACAGUUACAUCAGCAGAAAGUUCCUUCUCAAAAUGAACAAUGAUUGAAAAUUAUCUGUGAUCUUGCAUCUGCCAAGAAUAACUGAUGUUGCUUCCAGUUAAAUCACCUAAAAAUAAAGUGGCUAAACAUAUAAAUUUUGAUGACCUGAUAAGUGAAUUUGCAGAAAAGCAAGCCAGAAAAAUCCUAUAAUCAAGCCAGCACAUCAAUAAAGUAUUAUUGUUUAUUGUACUAUUUAAAA